AUGCCACCGCGAAAGAUCGCGCCGAGGCCAACUGCGAACACUCCUCCGCCACCUUUGCCGUUGCCUCCACCGAACAGCCCAUCGUCGGCUUCUCAGAGCAGUUCGCCGCCUGCUUCCACAAACACAUCAUCUCCACCACCACCAACAACAACACCACCACCACCUCUGAGCCUUCGAAUCGAUGUGAACGAGCCACGACAAAAACUCACAGCGCAGACUCACGAACCCGCCAGCAAAACACAGGUACAAUUGAUACAGAAAUACGCCAAAGCUCUCAGAGACAAACCACCGAAUUCUGCUGAGAUCUAUUUCUUCUGGUUGGUGAUGGAUCGAUGGCGAAACCGAUUGGCUCCGCCAUUGGUCAACGGCCUUAAACAUCAUUGGCACGACCUCUCGAAUGACGACGAACUUUCGGUCGCAGAGAAGAUAUUCCACCUUGCUAUAACGCCAAACGCAAUCACGACCUGCGUCCACCACCUGAUUGGUAAUAUAGUGCGGUCCUACGGUGGGACGAAAGACGGAAAUACGACCAGGUUCUGCGAAGACUUGGCGAGCGAAAUCGACGACUUGCAUUACCAGCGCUACAAGGAAGAACUGCUGCGAUGUGCCUGUGAAAAUUGCGACGACGUUGUGAAGUUCGACGAAAGUUACUCGAGCUAUUACGAAGGCCUGGAGUCGGACGACCACGAACGGCAGCCAGUGUUAUUGAAGGACAGACCGAUGCACUGCGAAAGCACCGAACUGUAUGCGCAAACCCUGCGUACACAAUUCGCCGGGCUAAGCAGCUCCAAUUUACAACGAUGGUUUUAUUUCGCCAACACCACCCCGCUGUUCAGUGUCCCUACCCUCGCUAUGGCGCCACCGACGACUGUAUUGACGUCGACCCUGAAAUACCUUGAACCAUAUCUCCGCGAGAGGGGGUUACAAGAUCCGCUGCCGACAUCAUGGUCAAUCCCGGCGGCAGACUGCACCAAAGGUCGCUUGAUCCGCGUCGAGAAAUCCUCCGUUCACCUAUAUGAUGGCGACUCCUGCGAGAUCUCGCUUACGGUGGACAGCGAGCCCGAGCUGCUUCGAUUGGCGACGCACAAUCACGGCGAGUCGAUCAGAGUUCGAAUGCUUAAUUCGGACAGCCCGGAGACCGAGUAUUCUUUCAGCAUAUACAAACAGGCUGAAAACUCCACCGAAAUGUCUCUGUUCCUCACACGCCACGUCGGCAUCGAAUGCAUGCGGGCUGCAAGGAGCUUGCUGUUCGCCGCUCAAGAAGUUUACCUGCAAGUUUACAUUGAAGAGGGAAUCGCGGUGCCAACUGACCACCAUGGCCGCAGGCUCCUAAAUAUCUUCGCCAAAGGCCAGGACGGAAAGAUUCGCAACUUCGCAGAGAGUCUGGCGAGUAGCGGACACACCAUGUCCUUCUACACGACCGGUGUAGAAGCAGCGAUCGACGCUUCAAUGCGAGAAGCCAUCGCCGACAAGAGGGGCAUUUUCAAUCUGCCGGACGAGGCCUUCACCUAUCCAUUCAGACCGUGGGACAUUCGCAGAAUUGGCAGGAAAAACGAUCACGACCGCGUCUACCAAGACAAACGGGAAAUUCUUAAUGCCCCAAUCGACCCCGGGACAGCUUGGAGACCAGACGAAAAGGUUUCCGCUGCUCAUGGUGGCGACGAAAUGACCGGCGGGAUUCCAGAGAGUGAAACCACCGACCAAUUUUUCCUCCAGCUGGUUCCAUGCACGCUCUUUUGGGAGAGUAAAUGCUACGUGGGAAAAAGCAACAUCCCUGGUGCUGGCCGUGGUCUCUUCCUGAAACCGCACAAAGCGAUACCCAAAGAUGCGCACCUGUGCGUGUACGCCGAAAAGAGCACGAGCCUGGAGGAUGUAGAAAAGAGUAAAAGUUCUCGUGUGUACCUGAUCACCACCUCGAGAAAAUGUCUGCACUUCGACGCGGAGAGAGAACGACCGAAUAAUCUUGGGAGAUUUGCUAACCAGCCGGGCGUGUCGCAAGCGUUCGCCCAGAUAAAGGCGAUCUCAGCGAAAGACCAGCCAGAAAUGUCAGCUGACAACUGGAUCGCGAUCGAAAACGAACUUAACGAACAGUGCAACGCGGUAUUUCACGUCAAAGGUGAUCAGCUGGUGCUCAGGACGAAACAUCGAUUCCCAUCGUCGUACGAGCCAACAGAGGUAUUCGUGAAUUACGGCAGCUUGCGACAAUACUGGAUUCCCUUGCUCUUGGACGACGAGCACAAUAAGGAACUACCAGCGAAUAUGAUAGAGAUCGCCAAAUGGCUGGUGUACAGCGAGGAUUGUAACUGGUCCACACAACAUCGUAAGGAGUGGAGUGGCGCUGCUUGACUGAUUCGAGAAAACAUUGCACGGUUAGUUCUGUUGAGAAGAGCUUUGAUCAUAUGCAUGUUGUACAUAGUAUAGGUACACUGUAAUGUAUUUUCAACAAAUUGAGACCCGGUUUCCUAAAAUAUUUGUGUGUGUAUAUAGAACCCAUCAUUGUAACUAAGUUUAAUUUCAACUCAGUUUGAAUUUUUCGUUUUGUUGAUUGAAAGCCAUUCGCUGGACUUCAUUUAGUAAUUAGUAAUCAUCUUCAAAUUAAUUUACAUGUACAGAUUUUAAAUAGUGACACUCUUCACGAACACUCUACGGAUAUAACGUUAUUAAUUAUAACGUAAUUAUUUAAGCAUUGAAUGAUUAAAACAUAUUAUAAUAACAAAUAUACAGUUCAAA